AUGCAGGUACGUACGUCAAAAGCCUUCAGGCUGCCCCUUUUAGGCCCACCCUGCAAGCUGCCCAGGGGACAAUCAGGCAUCUGAACACAUUAGCGAUCUAGAGAACAGAGUUGGGCCGUAGUACAGCUGAUCCUAGCAGGCUUUGCACUUGGCAUGGAUCAGGUGAUUGGUUCUGAAUUGCAAGCCUUGUUUUGGCAGGAAUUGGAUGCAUUCUGGGAUUCCUCUAGCUCCAAGGAGGCUGUAGCUAGUGGUACCAAAAGCCGGCCAGCCCAAGACCACCCAAUGGAGGGUCAACCGGCUUCAGCUGGACUGCAGGUGGCCCUGCUUGAGUUCUUUCAAGGAUAG